GCUUUAAAAGACGAAGAGAAUCACAGGAAGUCCACAGUGUUCCUUCAGUCCCGAAGAAGAUCGUGUUUCCAGCACACACAGCUCAUUUUGCCUUAAUUUACUCGGAAAGCGUAAACAAUGAUCCGAGUCCUCCUGUUGGCGGUGAGCCUGGUGGCAAUGGCGUCUUGUGACUGGGCAGCUCGAGGAUCCAGCCUCCACGUCCCAUUCGAUGUGCAUCUUCGACUGCCAAAGAUGAACAUCUUUGAACAGUCGCCUUUGAAAUUAGAAGCAAAGAGGAGUGAGGCGGUGAGCGAGGAAGAGCGGGACGAAGUGCUGUGGACGAGUGAGUGCUCACCGCGGGUGGCGGGUGUUCGGCGUGGUCAGGACGCUCGCCUUCAGUGUGAGGUGGUCGCCCCCACAGGCUCUGUCCUCACGUGGUACAAGGACGGCGUGCCACUGCACCGAGAGGGUGCCCAAGUCGAGGUAGGUUCCACGCCCCAAGAGCUUCUGGAGGAGGCGACCAACAUGCUGGGUCUGAAGGAGGAGCUGUCCUCAACGGCGUCCGCUUCUGCCUCCGUCCUGCAACUCUCUUCCGUCGUCUAUUUGGACUGCGUCUCCGACCAACACCAGGCGACAUACAAGUUGGAGGUGAGGGCACCACGGAGUCAGAAGUCUUACUCUCGUCUUUUUACUGUAGUUAUCGUAGGCGACGACAACAAGAUUCUGGAGGAAGGCCCCACGUGCCGCCUGGGCGGCCUCGUCAACGCUCUGCCUCGCAUCUACCAACACUCCCCCGCGGCCAUGGGCCAUGUAGGGGACUCCGUGACGUUGCCUUGCCGCUCGCAGGGCCACAACGUCACUCGGGAAUGGUUCCUCAACGAUGAGAGGAUUUCUGGCAACGCCAGUUAUCAGAUCUCAGGCACCGGCGACCUGAUGGUGCUGCGGCUGAGUGCACAGGGUCGCACACGGUACACGUGCAGGGUGACCAGCACACGGUUCUCUUCCCUCAGUGACACUGUAUUAUCUGAAAUGGUGAUUAUGUAAUGACUAUCGACUCGCACUACUGUGAAGACCCACUUCGAAGCUGACCUCUCUGGAUUACUCCCGUGUAUUAUGACUGAUGGUGUACCUCCAAUUAUAACUUCAUCAAAUUAGUUAUGGGGCUGAAUUUGUCUGGAAAUCCAAGGCUCUUAGAGAGAAAGCAUUAGAGGAACGCUUGGAUUAACUCUCUCUCUCAGGAAGAUUAAGGCUUAUACAUUGAUAGCAGCUGCUACACAUAUGAGUUUGCAAAUUAUCUUUCAUGCUUUCCCUUGUACGUUGAUUAUCCUAGACGCUAGCAAUAGAACAUUUGCAGGAUCUACAAUGCAAAUGUUUUCUGUUACGAAUUGAUAGGAACUUUUAGUGCACGGAAUCGCCAUGCUAAUGAUUUAGUAACACUUUCCGUAAUCAUUCAAUGUUCCUUCGUGUAUUCCCUGAAGCAGAAGCGUGCUUUUGCCCCAUGGUGUGCAGCAGCAGACAAGUGUUACUAACAGGCAGUUCAUAAGAUAUCUUCAGUUCGUAUACAGAAAAGUGACUACUAUCUUGUUUUAUAUAAUACAUAUCUUAGCAUGGUAAGAGAACCGCGUAGGUUAGGUAGUACUGCUUAUUCUGACGAUAUUCCUGUGGCCAUGCUGUUGUUUAGAUUUCUUGCAGAUUUGUUAUAUUUUUUUCUCUCCAUUUCACUGUUGCAUCAACCCGUCCUUUGCAUCGCAUGCAGCGAUUCCCAGAUUGACAUUUUGACAAGGCUACUACAGUAUUGUAUAUUACUGAUGAGAUACAUCAAAUAAAAUUAUAUAGUUUCAA